UGGGAAGAUUAGACAAACAGAGUCUCUCUUUCGCCAUCAGUCUUCCUCUCAGACUCCCUACAUCCACAGCACCCCUGGCCACACGCCUCUACCAUUACCCAGUAGCUUUAAGAGAGUGUGCAGAGAUUCAGUUGAAAAAGAUCCUCACUAAGAUCCAAGCGUUUCUGACAAGUCCAUCAUGAGUACCUUUGGGUACCGAAAGGAGCUGAAGAAGUAUGAAUCAGUGGAUGAAGAUGAGGUGUUGGCUGGCUUGUCGUUUGAGGAGCUUCAAGAGCUGGAGAGGGAGCUGGAGGAUAUGGACCCGGAUGACAACGUACCUAUCGGGCUGAGGCAGAAAGACCAGACCGCCAAGACCCCCACAGGCACCUUCUCCAGAGAGGCACUGCUGAAAUACUGGGAGGACGAGACACGCAAACUGCUAGAGGAUGACUCAUCCCCUGAACAUGAUAGAAUGGAGGAAGGACAGACUGAUAAGAGCGAAGAUGAAUGUGCGACAGAGAGUGACAGUAACAGCACAGAGUCUGAGGACAGUGAUGAGGAAGAGGAACGCCAAAAUAGAAGGGAAGGGAGCGAAGACGAGGCAGGUGAGGUUGAGAAUGAUUCAAUUGAGGCUGAAAAUGAAGAGGAAAAGAAGGACAAAUGCAAACAGGAACCUUUACCAACUUCUGGUAGACAUGGGCAGAACACUGUUGACAACCUAUCAAGAAACCUAGGGAAUUGUUCUGAAAGGGGAGACUUGAGAACAACAAUGACUGACCAAAACCUAAAUGUGACUCCAGAGAGACCUUGUGGGAACCCUAUCGUGAUUGACGAGGCACUUGAACGGAUCCUUCGCAAUGAUCCAACGAUGAGCGAGCUCAACUUCAACAACAUCGAAGACAUCUCUCAGGAGACCUUGCUGCGUAUCUCCGAAGCACUGAGCGCCAACACACACGUACGUGUUUUUAGCCUUUCUAACACUCGAGCCAAUGACCGGGUUGCCUUCGCCGUCUCCAAGAUGCUCAGAGAAAACUGCUCCAUCACCAACCUCAACAUUGAGUCCAACUUUGUGUCUGGCCGGGGAAUCUUGGCGCUAAUGGCAUCGCUCCAACAAAACAGUACUCUGGUGGAGCUGCGCUUCCACAACCAGAGGCACAUCUGCGGGGGGCAGGUUGAGAUGGAGAUGGUUCACCUCCUGAGGGACAACAACACCCUCCUCAAGCUGGGCUACCAGUUUGAUCUGCCAGGCCCCAGGAUGACCGCCACCAGUAUUCUGACCCGCAACCAGGACCGACAGAGGCAGAGACGGUUGCAACAACAGAGGGAGAAAGGCCAUCCAGAAGCAAUAAUCCAGCCCGGGACAACAGGCCUUUCUGGAUCGCCUCCUUUAAACAAACCACCCUGGUUCUCUCCAAGACAUGCGAGGAAUGACCAGACCCCAAAUAACAUCCCUCCUCCACCUCCCCCACUCACUGGCCUUCAGUCUGAGAGGAAUACACCAACCAGGAAGAUUGCAGAGAUGAUCAAACAACAUGAAGGGAGUACAAAGGGUCAAUCAGGCCAAAAGAAACCAAAAUCCAAGAGGGGAAAAAAUGGGGCCAACAUGAAGUGCAGCUCUGACAUUCUCAAGGAGCUGAAGAAUGCCUUGAAGCCUUCUUCACGAAAGAAGAAAGACAACCCACUCCGGCCACCAGCAUCUCUGAGCUCUACCCGUGAUGAUCUGAUGGCGGCCAUUCGUGGUAGCAGCAUUAGAUCACUCAAAAGUGUGACACUCCAGCCGGAUCUGUGUUAACGUUGUGGUGGGAGAAAGGAAUAUCCAACCUGAUCAAGAGCUGCUCUCCACAAAUACUGCACCCACUUCAUUCUGUAUUCAUUAAAAAAAAACAUGAAACAUUUGUACCACAAAUGCUACAUAUAUAAAUACAAGUAUAUUCAAAUAUCAUUUGUUUAUGUAUUACCAUGGAACGUCCUGCUUGGAAAACUGUUGACACAUUUUACAUAUGAUUGUGUUAGUGUUAUGUAAAUAUUUUCCUGUCAGGUAGUGAAACAUGCAACACUGGACUUGAUUGCACAUUAUGAACGGGUGGCAAUUUAUAGAUUAAAGGCACAAUCCAUAAUAUUA